CAGACAAAAACAAAGUACACUUGAAUCUCAUUUUCAGAAACAUUGGAGGCAAUUAAUGGGUGGUUAUCGGCUGCAUUUGCAAGUGACAUGGGUUGGUGUACUCAUAUUAUCAGAAAUGGCAACUUCUGCAGUUGCAGCAGCUCAUGAAUCAGCCCUCCCUAGCUGCCUCGACCACUGUGGAGAAGUCCAAAUUCCGUAUCCAUUUGGCACAUCUGACGAUUGUUCCCUAAAUAAAGACUUUCUCAUUAAUUGCACCCAAUCGUCGACCGGCCGAGACCAACCUCAGAUUGACGGUAUCGUUGUCCCGAAGAUUUCCAUGGAAGGCCAGCUUGAACUCUCGCUGAAACUUUCCAAGAAAUGUUACAACGAGUCGGGUAUGCUUUCAAGCUUUUGGCGGUCCCGUCUGCUAAUAACAACCUCCACUUUUACCAUUUCUAACACCGAAAACAUGUUCAUGGCUGUUGGCUGUGACACGUAUGCAUACCUUCAUGGUAAGCAGUACAAUGGAAACUUCUCCAUGGGCUGCAUGUCCAUUUGUCAGAAUCAAAGCAAUGUUUUAAAUGGGACUUGCUCUGGAAUUGGUUGUUGCAAGGUAGAGAUCCCAAAAAAAGUAAGCAAUUUCAGUUUGCAAGCAAGCAGCUUCCGUAAUCACACGGAAGUAUGGAGCUUCAAUCCAUGCAGCUAUGCUUUCAUUGUUAAAAAAGGCCAGUUUAAUUUCUCCUCCGAUAAUCUUUCCAAUAUAGAAGAUAAUAAUAGAACCCUUCCGAUGGUUCUUGAUUGGACGAUUGGUAAUGAAAGGUGUAAGUAUGCUCAACUCAAGUCUGAUUACUUAUGUGGAGGGAACAGCACAUGUGAUGAUCCUGAAAACGGCUAUGGAUACCGUUGCCAGUGCAAGAAGGGUUACGACGGCAACCCCUACCUCCCACUUGGUUGCAAAGAUGUUAAUGAGUGCCUGAACCCAAAUCUCAAUAAUUGCACAUCACCAAAGAGAUGCAUUAACACAGAAGGGAAUUAUACAUGUUCUUGCCCCAAGUGGCACAGUGGGGACGGAAGAAAAGAUGGUGAAUCGUGCACUUUGAACCUCGGACUAGUGAAUAAGACUGCCAUUGCGAGUGGUGUAGGCUUUGUAGUACUGCUGGUCUCUAGCACUUGGAUGUAUUUGAUAAUCAAGCAAAGAAAGCUAAUCAGGCUUAGAGAAAGAUUCUUUCGCCAAAAUGGUGGUGUGAUUUUACGUCAACAACUCUCAAGACAAAAUUCAGUUGAAACAACCAAGAUUUUUAGUGCAGAAGAACUCAAAAAGGCUACCAACAAUUAUCAUGAGAAUCUAAUCAUUGGCGAAGGUGGAUUUGGCAUUGUUUAUAAAGGAUUUUUAUCCGAUAAUAGAGUUGUGGCAAUCAAGAAGUCCAAACUUGUGGAUAAGAGCCAAAUUGAGCAAUUCAUCAACGAGGUGCUUUUACUUUCUCAAAUUAACCAUAGAAAUGUUGUUAAACUCCUGGGUUGUUGUUUGGAGACAGAAGUUCCUUUACUAGUCUAUGAAUUCAUCUCCCGAGGCACGCUCUUCGAGCACAUACAUCAUAAAGAUAGGUCCUUACGAAUUUCAUGGGAGGCUCGUCUUAAGAUAGCUGCAGAAACAGCAGAGGCACUAUCUUAUCUGCACUGUGCAGCCUCUCCACCUAUAAUUCAUAGAGAUGUCAAGUCUUCAAACAUAUUACUAGAUGAUAAUUACACAGCUAAAGUGUCUGAUUUUGGAGCUUCAAGAUUGAUUCCAUUAGACCAAAUAGAAGUAUUUACAUUGAUGCAAGGAACUCUUGGAUACUUAGACCCUGAAUAUAUGCAAACUAGCCAAUUGACUGAGAAAAGUGAUGUUUAUAGCUUUGGUGUCAUCCUGAUAGAGUUACUGACCGGAGAAAAGGCACUUUCAUUUGAUAGGCCGGAGGAAGAGAGAAGUCUGGCUAUGCAUUUUCUUUCUGCUAUUAAAGAGGAUAGACUAUUUGAAGUUCUUGAGCAGAAUCUAGGGACUAAAAGAAAUGAGAAGCAGCUGAAGGAAGUGGCUAAUCUUGCAAGGAGGUGCAUCAAAUUGAAAGGGGAAGAUAGGCCUACCAUGAAGGAAGUAGCUGCUGAACUUGAAGGUUUAAGAAAGAUUGACAAGCAUUCUUGGGUUAGCGUUGGUUCCAAUUCAGAAGAGAGAGAGUACUUGCUGGGGGAGACAUCCGGUUCUUAUACAUAUGACGUUGCUAUUAAAAGCAGUGUUGUAUAUGAUAGCAUGAAGGACCAUACGAUGGUAGCCUUUGAUGGUGGGAGAUGACAGGAGUUUCUUCAUAUAUCUUUUCUCGGGAUACCAUGUUGCAUAGAAUGUUGUUUUCAUAAGUUUUCCAUGCGCUGUCUUGCAUAUAAUGUUGUCUGGUUUCUCUGUUUCAAAUGUUCUUGUGUAGAUUCUAUUUCUGUACUAUUGUCACUAAUCUAGACAUGUUAGAUUGCUGUCAUGACAUGUAAACAGUUAGUGUAAUAUUUUUCUCUGUUGGUA